GUGCUGGGAGUGGGAUGAGGGCAGGAGCACAGGACAAAGGGGGCACGGAGGCUCUUCCUGCAAAGGGAACGUGAGUUUCCAGCCCCUUCAGUAGUAGACCAUGGCAAGAAAAUGGGUAUUACAAACUCCAGAGUUUCAUGUGUGAAGACAAAUACAGCAAACCUCGAUAUUUCCUAAUUAAAAAAUCAGUCUUUUUCUGAGACGGGGGUUGAAUUCUUUUCAGCUCUCUAAACUGUCAGCCCAGGCCCCCACACAGCAUGGGAUUGCCUUAAAAAAUUGUGAGGCUUUUAACCAGAGAACAGAAUUAAUUACUUUGUAUAAUUGUACAUUAGAUUGUGCUGUGCAAAAAUAUCAUGGAAACUCAUUGCAUAUCUCAAAUAACUUGGUCGUAAAGGGAUAACAUUCCUGCCACUGUGUUGUUUUAAAAGCACUUCGGUCAAUUUUUCAAGGUUUUCUUGAAAGAGCCAUGGGAGGUGUAUGGAAUAAUAAAUGGUGUGGAAGGUUUUCAGCUCUCUGUUGUGGGUGGGCGACUCAGACCGCUUCUGUUGGUGCUGGCCCAUGGUUUACAAAGGCACAAACAAGGACAUUUGUUGGCAAUGCCACCAGGAGGCCAAAGGCUCGGUGUGGUUUAUUGGGGUGAGGAGAUGUCUGAGCAGCCAUAGCCUCUGCUCUGCGUCCUGCUGUAGGACUGGCAGGGCAGAAUCACCUCAGGAUCCCACAUGGAGCAGCUGUCUUGGCCAAAUGGGGGCUGCCCCUGUGUGCAGUGUCUGUGAGGUCAAAUGCUGCCUCUUCACUCAACAGUUGUGAGAUUUGGGCUUUGAAGUCAUCACUCCAGCAUGUGGGGUUGGAUUGGGCAUGGUGUGAUCCUCUCUCUUUUCCAAUUUACUUUGCCAGGCUUUCGGCAUCAAAGGUGGCAGUUCCUGGAGCAAAUAAGACCACUGGUUAUGAUGGAGCAGAGCUGAGUAAUACAGAACUUGCUUUUUCCUGGGAUAAUCCAUAGAGAUGGAUAUUGGGCAAUGAAAGUGCAAGAGGAAGCCAGGACCAUGUGAUCGUGUUGGACUGGGAGAAGGUUUUCAUCAGGUCCUAGUACUGGGACAGAAAUGGAAUGAGAAGAUUCUCUUGAGCUUGCUCUUGUUUUGCACCUUCAGGUCUUUACUGCUACAGAAUGGAUUUGCACAAGCAUGCACCUCAAACCCUUUUUGAAAAAUCCUGCCCCAGACAUUUACACACCCGAUUGCCCGGAUUCCUAAACCCAUGUGUGGGCAUCUAAUUGAAAACGGCCCGAUUUCCAGAAGUUUGUCUGCUGAUGAAGAGGAACGCGCUGGGGAAUGUUUCCUCUGCAAACAGAGGGAUCACGGGACUGCCUCCCAGCAGGAUCCUGCCACUCGCCUGGACCAAUUUCACAGCCCCCCGGCUCCCCAGCCUUGACCCACAGUCCCCGUGGGCUGUUCCUACAGAGGCAGGUGGGGAACCAUCGGCUUGCUCAGCGCCUGCAGCUGGGUCUCCAGGGGGUGCGGAAAGGCUCCUCGCCCUGCUGGCUUCCUUAGGCAAGCAGCAGUCAGGAUUAAUUUGAGUAAUAGCUGCGCAUCCUUGCAGGAGCUGCCACCGGUGUCCCCGAGGCCCCAUAUCUGAUUUGGCUCGGGGCUCCCAGCGGUUCGGUUUCUAAGCCACCAGCUGUCAGCCUUAGAGCUACUCGGCCGCCCCUGCCUUCGGACGAUGCCGUGGUGGGUGAGUAAAAGGAAUGCCGUUCGCCUUGGACGCCGUCCCUCCCCACGGCAGAGGAAAUGUGCACUGACAAGGCAGGAAAUUCUCGCGAACCACAAGGACCUGGAACUUGCCUGCCGGCUUCCUGUGGGCCUUACCCGACUUUCAGCCUGGGUGUUUAAAGAUUAUUAAUAGCGCUAGUUGCGUUAACAGGUUUAUGUUUUUCUCCUUCUGUCAACGAGGUUGUUUCUUCGUGUGCGACCUGCUGGCUGGUUUUGUUCCAAGCAGCCCGGGGAGGACCCAGGAACGUGGCGAUGCCUUCGAGCUAAUGGGCAGCCAGGUGGGAAUUUCGCCUCGUGGAAGGCUCUCGGUCACGAGUGGACAGGCUCUGAAGCCUCCUCUGCAAAACAAAUAGCUCCAAACUGGGACAGGCUCAGGAUUUUGUUUCACAAGGAUUCCUUUUCAGCAGCGGUGCGCUUCUGGACGCAGCCACUUUCUCCUUGCUGUGGCUGCUCAUUCCUGUCCCUGCACUGCUCCCUUCUCUCAUCCUCUUGUAACCUCUGCAUGGCUGCGGGGUGGCCCAGCAAGGGAAUUGACCUCAACUUAAAAAGAAAAAAAGCACAAAAUCCCCUUUUAUUUUUUUUUUUUAUUUCUCUUUAUUUCAUCUCAGUUCUCUAAUCCGUAUUUGAGCUGCAGAAACAAGUCUUAGAGACCAUGAGGGGUGGAAAUAUGGAAGCUGCUUAAGCAAAAACAGCAGCUUGUGCAACUAGAGGCGAAGCUGAAGCUCUCUUUUGCCCUGCCCUUGAGUCAUGAGGACCUCAAACUGCUCGUGCUUGGUGCCUACCACAACAGAUCUGCAGCUGGCGUACAGGCAGCUGCUCUGCUGUGUUUGGAGGAAAGGUGAAUUUUACCUAGUGAAGCAAAGGAAGGAGAUUUGGGAACACUUGUGCAGCUGAUAGCACACAGGAUGAGGAGAGCAGGCUGUCCUCCGCAAUGUCUGCACUGCCAUUCACAAGGAGUUAAACAGGGCUUAUGGGGUGGGCUGGUUCUCUCCUGAGCAGACUUUUUCACAUGAAGAAGUACAGAGAUGAGUAAGAGUUCAGCUUUGUUUAUUCCAGAUUUAUUUUGGAGUGUAAAAUGUAUUGUAAACAACUUUCUUCAUAGAAAAGUAUGUGCAUGAAGCCUGUUCUGAUUUAUUUUUUCUGUUGUUCAGAUUUAGCCCAAAGUGGUCCUAGUUUUCCCCAAAUGUUACUGCUUUUAAAAAUAAGCCCAACAUGUAAUUUCACUUACUGUAUGCCUUGUGUUUGUCACGCAGAACAAUAGCCCCAGCAGAACACUAGCUCCGAACGGCCACCCUGAAUCUGAGCUAGCAGUGCUUCCAGUGCAGUCAGAGCAAGAACCCUUAACCCUGAGCAACACAAACAGAUCUGGGAUUCCUCCCUUGGUCUGGACCCCCCAAUUCCCUUUACUGGGUGCCUGGGACACGAGCUUGCUUUGUUCAUCCUUCCUGUCCAUUGUGUGGGGUGUGAGGAAGGGGAGAUCAGAGGCAUUCUUUUCUUAUGAUCUGGCUGAAUCUCUUUUUGUUGAUUUCAUAAUGCAUGGCGGAGCAACUGGAGCUCCCUCCUGGGACCAAGCUCAACCCAUCAGGCUUCCUUUCUCCUGACAUCUCUGCUGACCUUCAUUUCACUCUUAACUGCUCUGUCAACUCGACAGCCCCAGCGUGUUCCCUGACCUUGCAGCAUCACUGCAGAAGUCUCUGAGAGUGACUGGGCAGCCUGGUGGUGGUGGACUGGCAGCACCGAGGCCUGAAGCAUGUGAGUGUUCCUUAGAGGUCAGAUUUUGGAUCCAUCUGUUGCUCGUUUCGUCCCAAUUAACUGCUGAGAUCAGCUAAGGUCCCACCCAAUGUGAUAAGGCUUAGAGCUGCAGAAUACUGGAAUAUAUCUACACGUAGCCAGUCUGCUUGUGCAGAGUGAUGGCAGGUCCCUGCUCCCUGCUGGUGCCACGCUGGGGGUGCUUGUCCACCUCUCCUCCCUGGUAGGUAGUUCUGCCUCAGUCUUCCCUCUGCAGCUAACUGUGUGACACAAAGAAGAGGUCUUCUCGACCUUCCUGAGCGUUUCCCUGUCCUUCCUUGCCCUCUGCUCUCAUGUUGCAUUCUCCUCUCCCCAGGAAGGCAGCUCCCAGCCAGCCUUGCUUUGUCUCCGUUUGAAAAGGGUCAUGCAGAGCCCCGGCAGUGCCAGGGGAUCUCUCCAGUGCUGUUAUUCCCAUCACAGAAGUGGAUGAAGGUUAUUUGUGUUUCUUUUUCACCUUAUUUCUCCUGGAAUGUUUCUUACAAAAGUUCCUUGUUUUGCAGAAUAGACGCCAUCCACCUCUUCAACCACUCUCUUGGCCAUCUCUUCUAUUUCCAUAAUGUGAGCCCUCCUGUCCUGAAACCCUCCUUAGCAAUGGUCAGGGUGCCUAAAAAGACCUGGACUUGUGAUUUCUGUUGUCAGAUGUCAUGGAAAGAGAGGGUGUGACAGGUAACUCUUGGCGUGGCCCCUCCAGGAGUGCAGAUCCAGCUAGCAACAAAGUGAGGAUGGAACUUUAAUUUCCAGGAAUGGCUUUGGAAAGGGAUCCACAUGGCUCUGCCAGCCCUCCUUGUUCGGGGCAGAAUGAACGGGUUGCGAGGCUUGCUGGCGUUCGAGCCGCGUCCUGGCCCUUGCUGUUUCCUCUGGAGGAAGAUGAGCACAGCAGAGGAGGAACAAACUUCACCAGUCAAGGGGGCUUGCACAGGGACAGCAUGUUUCAGUGCUUUAGCAGAAAGGCAGUGGCAUUGGUUGGAAACUUAAUCUGCCAUUGUAUUGUUGGUCCAGUGCUGAGUAUUCUCCUCGAAGCUCCUGACAGAGAGACGAGAAACUCCGAAGGAGAAGGGAGUGAGAGUGAGCGACUCAGCCGGCAGCCCGAACCCCCUCCCUUGACUCGGGAUGUCCGGCAGCAUGGGGACGGUGACCUGGACCCUGUUCCUCCUCCUCCUCGCACCUGGCUGGGUAGAACCGCAGGCCUGCACGUACCCCUGCCAGUGUCCCUCGCAGCCUCUGCAGUGCCCUGCUGGCACCAGCCACGUGUUGGAUGCCUGCGGCUGCUGCAAGGUGUGUGCCAGGCAGCUCGGCGAGCUCUGUUCCCUUCAGAAGCCCUGCGAUCACCACAAGGGACUCUACUGCGACUUCUCCAAAAUCCACAGAGGCAGCGGGAUCUGCUUAGCUCACGAGGGUGCGACGUGCGACCUGCUGGGCAAGAUCUACCACAACGGGGAGAGCUUCCAGCCCACCUGCAAGCUGCAGUGCAUCUGCAUGGACGGCGCCAUCGGCUGCAUCCCCCUGUGCUCCGACGACCUGCGGCUGCCGUCCCCCGAGUGCCCCAACCCCCGGCGGGUGAAGUUCCGCAAUAAAUGCUGCGAGGAGUGGGUCUGCGAGGAGGGCAGCGAGGAAAACCGCUUCGAAACAGCCAUGGCAGUUUUCAGGGAGGACCCAGCACGCAAGCCGGAGCUGAACAACGUGCAGGAGAACUGCUUGGUGCAGACCACCGAGUGGAGCGCCUGCUCCAAGAGCUGCGGCAUGGGCAUCUCUGCGCGGGUCACCACCAACAACCCCCAGUGUCGCCUGGAGAAGGAGACCCGGCUCUGCAUGGUCCGGCCCUGCGACUUCCCCAUGGAGAAAACCAAGAAGGGGAAGAAGUGCGUGCGGACCCCGAAGCCACGCCAGAGCCUCCACUUCGAGUUUUCGGGCUGCACCAGCACCCGUUCCUACCGGCCCAAGUUCUGCGGCAGCUGCACGGACGGCCGCUGCUGCACCCCGUACGUCACCAGCACGGUGGAGGUGGAGUUCCGCUGCCCCGAGGGGGACUUCUUCCAGAGGAAGAUGAUGUUCAUCAAGAUGUGCUCCUGCCACUACGACUGCCCGCGAGACAACGACAUCUUCCUGGCCACCUACCACCGGAGGAUGAUCGGAGACCACGUCAAGACGGAGCGGCAGUAGCCCCCCCCGUGCCAGACCCACGGGCCGAGGUGUCAAGAGGGCUCUGCGGUGCUUUCGUGGCUGUGUCCCGGGACAUCGCAGCCUCUUCCCCCUCUGUGAGGGGCUGUGCUCUUCACGGCAGCGCCGUUCGCCACCAGUGGUCCCGGUGGCCGUGCUGACAAGCCAGGGUGCGGGGCGGAACAGCCCCUCCUGUCCCGGGCCGCUGAGCUGCAGCCCGUGGUUGCCCAAAGGUCGGCGAGGGAACUGGAAACAGGCUCGAGCUGCAAACUUGAUCCAUGUUCCCACAGACGAGACGGGAGAGCGGAUCAAAGCCGCACGGCUCCAGCCUGUCUCCAGCUGCGAGCACGCUGGGUACAGUUCCCCGUGGCCGCUGGCCUGCCCAAACCGUGGCAAACCCAGAGAAUGAGACGGGGGAGGUCCGGGAGGCCUGAGCUAGCGCAGGGCUCUGCAGCGUCUUUUCCAGCAGAGCGGGGCUCUGGUGGGUGUGGAUGCGAAGUGUCUUGGUGAGGAACGUGGUCCUGGCCCCACGCUGAGCUCCUGCUGAGCCUUUCAUUUAUUUUUGGCUAAUUGGACCCAACAAGUUGGGAAAAGCUCCCUCCCAUCCCUCUGCCCACCUUUCCCCCUCCCACCUGCUUUCCCAUCAGCAGCUUUGUUCCAGACCAGUUUGCUCCCGGAGAGGCCGGAUCCUCCACUGGUGACCUGCUCUCCGGGCAGCUCCAGGCUCUUUUUUUCUUUCCUGUACAAUUCCUUUAGCCUCACGUGCCCAUGAGGAUGACAGCAAAGAGGCAGAAGGGAGCAGUGAGCUGUGCAGUGUCCUUGCAGGAGCCCAGGUGUGGCUCAGGGCCUCCUUCCGAAGAUCUGAGCCCAGGAAGGAUUUCCUUUGGAGAAAAAAGGAAAUUGCUCACCCCUCUCCCUGGUGCCAGUUUCAGACCCAAGGAGCUCUUCCAGGAUGGGGGUGAGCCAGGUUGCCUGUCUGAAGCGUGUCCCCUGUGGGGGCAGCUCACGGCAGAUUUCAGCGCAGCGAGGAGCGUUUCUGUGGUCCCAGUCUGUGAUCACUUUGGAGGUGGCCAGGGGAGCCGGGCUUUGCUGGCUCGUGCAUGCCCAGCGGGGCUGCGGCUGCAUUUUGGCUCUGGGCUGUGCUGCCUGAGGGUCAGGAGCUGGAGCAGCACGGUUCAGCUCAUCUCCCUGGGGGGGUCUCAGGGCCGGUGUUUGUAAACAGAGCGUGUCUCUGGUCUAGUGACAGGGCCAGUCCUUGGUGCUGGGAUUCUCCACCUCUGGGUUCUGUGCUCACCACAGCCCUGUGGGACCGGCCCCCGGCAUCCCCUGAGCCCGCGGCCAGGCUGAGGCUGCCCCGUGCAUCUGGGCAGCUGCGGCGCUGAGCCCUGCCCCACCACCGCUCCCGUUUUGGGGCAGAACUCGGUGCCAGAGGACAAUCCGAGCUGCUCACAGAUGCUGCCCUUCGCAGCCCAUAACGCAUCGCCCUGACUUGGCCACCAAAACACCGCCGCGAGGCCAGCGCCCCACGUCAGCUCCUCGCCUCGCUCUCAGCCUGCAGAAGCUCGCGAGCCUUCAGCCUCCCGUUCCGUGUAAUCACUUAUAACUGUAAAUAAUUCCCCUGAUGGUUCCUGAGGAUGUUUCUUCUCUUUGUAAAGCUCUUUGUACAGUUUUUGUACCCUGUUAUCACAACCAUGCUUGGGGCCUCUUCGUGAUGGAGAUUUUCCCCUUGCCCUCCAGUUUGGCUCUUGACUUUUCUCCUGCUGUUUACGCGGCUUCUGAGCGUAAAACUAAGCCGAGGCUGCACCUCACUCACCGCUAAUAAAUCUAUUUUGUAUA